AUGGCACAACGAUCAGAUCCAGCGGACAAUCCACGGUAUUCAAUCAUGACGAUAAACAUGAACGGGCCGUCCGCUAAAAAGGGAACUGCAAAGAGACGUAGGAAAUUGUUGUCCCGUACAUUCGAAUCGUCUCCUUCAGAUAUAGUCUUCUGCCAAGAAACGUGCCCGGGAUUCGAAGAACUAAUGGCAGCUCCAGAGAACUUCAAAAUCGCGAAUACAGGAAAGGAAGCAGCUGUAAUAUGGUCAACCAAACACUUCAAUGGCUCACAAGAUGGACUUAAGGCAACGGACAGACAAAUAAGGACAAUACGUAAUGAAAUAUGUGAACAAAAUGAAGAUGUCAGUGAACUUUUAUCUAAAAUAGCAAUGGCCAAACUGACGCCUCGACUGCAGUCGACUGACAGUAUACUGGCGGUUUCAUUUCAUGGGCCCCACAACAGAUUUACUGGGGAGAAAAAGAAAAGAGUUUUCUUAAGUCUUCUGAAGUUUCUUGAUAAAGUAAUUGAGGAGAAAAAUAUACGUUCUUAUAUCAUCGGCGGGGAUUUCAACUUUGAUACAAGUACGAUUACGGAACUUCCCAAUCUCCCAGAGGAUGUAGUGGUCGGUUCCUAUGAGUUAAGCCCUCGGUCACAGGAUAGAAUAGGACCGUUUAUACCUUACAAGGACAACUUUAUAUAUUAUCCAGAGCCAAACUUAAAUGUGCUUCUGAUAAAAGCUAUUGAUUUGGAUCGUAUAGAUCCUGAAGAUAGUUUUCUGCUGGACCAUGAUCCUAUCGUUGGGAUGUUGCAUUUUACUCCUCAAACUAAAGAGGGCUCGCCAUCUGAAGAUGUUGAAACCCUUUCAAAAGACUUGAAACGCUGGAAACCCUUUUAA